UCCUCCAAGUCGGAAUACUUUGGUGGCAUCCCUAAAUUCUGGACAGGAGUCUGAGUGCGCCGCUCCGGGCAGGGAUGUCUCUGCUCCUCCGAGCGCCCGGCACGCGCUGGGGCCUCUCCCCCAGGGCCGGGCUGCUGCUCGGGCUGGGCCGGCGGGCCAGGUCUGGGGAUGAGAAGAGAGACUCGUACAGCUACGUCAUCGUCGGGGCGGGCUCCGCCGGCUGCGUCCUGAGCAACCGGCUGUCGGAGGACCGGGAGGCGUCGGUGCUGGUGCUGGAGGCGGGGCCCAAGGACGUGUGGCUGGGCAGCAAGCGGCUCAUGUGGAAGAUCCACAUGCCGGCCGCGCUCGUGUCCAACCUGUGCAACGACAAGUACAACUGGUACUACCACACCACGCCGCAGCGGCACCUCAACAACCGCGUGCUCUACUGGCCGCGCGGCCGCGUCUGGGGCGGCUCGUCGUCCCUCAACGCCAUGGUCUACAUCCGCGGCCACGCCCACGACUACGAGCGCUGGCAGCGCGAGGGCGCCACCGGCUGGGACUACGAGCACUGCCUGCCCUACUUCCGCAAGGCGCAGGCGCACGAGCUGGGCCCCGACCGCUACCGCGGCGGUGACGGCCCCCUGCACGUGUCCAGGGGCAAGAGCGACCACCCGCUGCACCACGCCUUCCUGCGGGCGGCCCAGCAGGCCGGCUACCCCUUCACCGAGGACAUGAACGGCUUCCAGCAGGAGGGCUUCGGCUGGAUGGACAUGACCAUCUACAGAGGUCAGAGGUGGAGCGCCUCCAUGGCUUACCUCCAUCCCGCCCUCCCCCGACCCAAUUUGAAGGCAGAAUCGGAAACCCUUGUGACCAGAAUUCUGUUUAACGGGACCAGAGCUGUCGGCGUGGAAUAUGUGAAGGGUAGCGAGAAGAGGAAGGUUUACGCUAGCAAAGAGGUGAUUCUGAGCGGAGGCGCCAUCAACUCACCGCAGCUGCUUAUGCUGUCCGGAAUUGGCAAUGCCGACGAACUCAAGAAGCUCGGGAUCCCCGUCGUCUGCCAUCUCCCCGGGGUGGGCCAGAACCUGCAGGACCACUUGGAGAUGUACAUCCAGCAGGAGUGCACACAGCCCAUCACGCUGCACUCGGCCCAGAAGCCCAUUCGGAAGAUGAGCAUCGGCCUCGAGUGGCUGUGGGGGUUUUCAGGGGAAGGUGCUACAGCCCACCUGGAGACGGGCGGCUUCAUCCGCAGCCGGCCGGGGGUCCUGCACCCCGACAUCCAGUUCCACUUCCUGCCUUCUCAAGUGAUUGACCACGGGCGCGUCCCCACCCAGCAGGAGGCUUACCAGGUGCACGUGGGGACCAUGCGGAGCCAGAGCACGGGCUGGCUGAAGCUGAGAAGCGCCAACCCCCGGGAGCACCCCAUCAUUGAGCCCAACUACAUGUCCACAGAAGCCGACGUGGAGGAGUUCCGCCAGUCUGUGAAGUUAACGCGAGAGAUCUUCGCCCAGAAGGCCCUGGACCCCUUCCGAGGCCGCGAGCUGCAGCCGGGCAGCCACAUCAAGUCGGACUACGAGAUCGACGGGUUCGUGCGGGCGAAGGCCGACAGCGCCUACCACCCCUCGUGCACGUGCAGGAUGGGGCAGCCCACCGACCCCACCUCCGUGGUGGACCCGCAGACCCGAGUGUACGGCUUGGAGGGCCUCCGGGUGGUCGACGCCUCCAUCAUGCCCAGCGUGGUCAGCGGCAACCUGAACGCGCCCACCAUCAUGAUUGCGGAGAAGGCCGCCGACAUGAUCCGAGGCCGCCCGCCGCUCCGCGACUCCCACGUCCCCGUCUACCAGCCCAGGAGCCUGGAGACCCAGCGCUGAGCGCCCGGCGGGCCCGGAGGGGGGGCGGCUGGAGGAGAGCCCUGUGGGGAGCCCGAACCGAGUCCCAGAAUCCCCUCCGUGUUGCGGGGCCAGCCUGCCGGCCUCCUUCCCCAGCCCAGACUCGCAGAAGGCCCCCCUCGUCAUUCAGUCCAGGCCUGUCUUUCUGUUGGAAAAGGUGGUGUUUGGGGAAACAAGGGGGCGGGAAGGCCUGGGGGCGGGGCGGGGCGGGUGGCUUCCCUUCCCUGGGCCUUCUGGGCCCUCCCUUCUCCUCAGACCCUCCUCCCCAGAGAGCUCCCAGCCCGGGCAGCAGCGAGGCCUCUCGGGCCUCAGAUGGGCUGCUGGGUCACCGGGGCUGCCCCAUCCAGGCUCCUCCUCAGCCUCCAGGAAAGGGAUGGCCGCCUUUGUGGACGGGAUUGUCCAAAGGCCGGGAUCAGAGCCCAGCUUCAAACUCCUUUUACGUGGCCUCCGAGACCCACCUCUGCCCUCCCCAGCCCGGCCUCCAGCUUUCUCUUCCUGUUUCCUCAUCUGGAAGAGGCCAAUUGGGAGGGCUCUGGGGGCCCGACCUGAGGACUAGCAAGACCGACAGACCUUUGGGAGUGUUUGACUUCCUUCUGAGCCUCCCACUUACUAUAAGGAGAGGCGGCAGCCUCGCACUGAAGGCCUCGACUUCCUAAAGACUCCAUAAACUUCUGGCCCUGGAAGCCCCCUCCGUGUUGUCUGGCUGGCUCUGGCUCUCUCUGUGUCUCCCUCUCACUGUCUCUUGCUCUCUCCUUCCGUCUGUCUCACUCUCACACACACGAACCGAAGCGCAGGGAGCCCCUCGGCCAGCCCCAGCCUGAGCAUCUCCUGGGCUUCUCCCUCCGCUCAGAGCCCUCCAGCGUUGGCUCCGGAGCCGUGACUGCAGCCAGGCCACGUUUGCUCCUUCUCGGGGGAAGGCUGGGCUGGGGGCAGGGAGGAGAGCAUCGCGUGGCCCCCCGGAGCAGCCGCAGCCCCCUCCCUCAGCCAUCGGGGCACAGAACGCGGCGCGGCUCCCCAUAAAUUAACUGUCUGAAGGGAGGGACGCGACGCCGGUGACCAAACCGACGGUGAGCGGAAGACGAGCUCUGAUGCUCCGUGCCCGAAGCGGCCGGUCUGCUGAGGUUGGGGAAGCCGCCCGCAGGGAGGGCAGCAGCGCCCCAAACCUCGGCUCUCCCGCUGCUCUGCUCUGGUAGGAAACUUCAGUGAAGGGCAGACGGGGCUUUUCUGAGGCCGCUGGGCUACCCGGGGUGGGGGUGGGGGGGGCUUCGUACAUAGUGGGCGCUUAAAUGCGAGUUGACCGCCUGACGGAUCAGCGUCUCUUCCUUUGGGCAACGAAGAAGCUGCCAGUCCAGCCGUGGCAGAGCUCACCCGCGUGGGGCCUUUCCCCCUCCAGCCUCGUUUGUUUUCUCUGGGCCCAGAGCUGGGACUGUCUUGCCUUAAACAAUGAUUGUAAUAAAAAAUAAUCUGUUGUCUUCGUG